UUGAGAGUCCGCGGCGUGAGAACGGCCUCUCCUCUAUGGUCGAGGGAGCCGGCACGGCCCGCCCGUAGACGUAGGUUAUUUCCGGAAGCGAAGCCUGCGGCUUUCUGCUUCCGCAGGGCUCCUAGCGGGUCCCGGGACUACUGGCGAGGCCAGAAGAGGGCUCCAGAUCUCAUUACAGAUGGUUGUGAGCCACCAUGUGGUUACUGGGAGUUGAACUCAGUACCUCUGGAAGAGUAAUCAGUGCUCUUCCUGCUGAACCAUCUCUCCAACCCCUAGACUUAUGAUGCAUUAUCGCGAUGUCCUGAUUCUGGAAGUUUCUAUGUGUGUGGAUCCCAGAAUUUACUGAGAUGGAGGAGCCUCAGAAAAAUGACCUGGACAUAACAGGGCAGGAGGAGGAAGGUCCCGGCUCUCAGAUUUCUGUUAGCGAGUUUUCCUGCCCUUGCUGUUACGACACCCUGGUUAACCCCACCACCUUGAACUGUGGCCACAGCUUCUGCCGGCACUGCCUAGCUUUAUGGUGGAUGUCUUCAAAGAAGACAGAGUGUCCAGAAUGCAGAGAAAAAUGGGAAGGUUUCCCCAAAGUCAACAUUCUCCUCAGGGAUGCCAUUGAAAAGUUAUUUCCUGAUGCCAUUAGAAUGCGAAUUGAAGACAUUCAGCAGAAUAAUGACAUAGUUCAAAGUCUUGCAGCCUUUCAAAAAUACGGGAGUGAUCAGAGUCCUGUAACUGCCAGCACAGGGCGAGUGAAUCAGCAGAGAGGAGGGGGAUUCUUCUCCGGAGUACUCACUGCUUUGACUGGUGUGGCAGUCGUCCUGCUUGUGUAUCACUGGCGCAGCAGAGAGUCUGAGCAUGGCCUCCUGGUGCACAAGGCUGUAGCCAAAUGGACAGCAGAAGAAGUUGUCCUCUGGUUAGAACAGCUGGGCCCUUGGGCCUCUCUUUACAGAGAAAGCUUCUUAUCUGAAAGAGUAAAUGGAAGGUUGCUUUUAACUUUGACAGAGGAAGAAUUUUCCAGAGCACCGUACGCCAUAGAAAACAGUAGCCACAGAAGAGCCAUCCUCCUGGAGCUGGAGCGCGUAAGAGCCCUGGGCGUGAAGCCACCCCAGAAUCUCUGGGAGUACAAGGCUGUGAACCCAGGCAGGUCUCUGUUCUUGCUGUAUGCCCUCAAGAGCUCCCCAAGGCUUGGCUUGCUGUACCUGUACCUGUUUGACUACACAGACUCCUUCUUACCCUUCAUCCAUACCAUCUGCCCCUUGAAAGAAGACAACUCUGGGGAAGACAUCCUCACCAAGCUUCUGGACCUGAGGGAGCCCACGUGGAGGCAAUGGCGAGAAUUCCUUGUCAAGUACUCCUUCCUGCCGUACCAGCUGAUUGCAGAGUUCGCCUGGGACUGGCUGGAGGUUCACUACUGGACAUCACGCUUCCUUAUCAUCAACGCCAUGCUGCUGUCUGUUCUGGAGUUGUUCUCUUUUUGGAAGAUCUGGUCCAGAAGUGAGCUAAAGACUGUGCCCCAAAGGAUGUGGAGCCAUUUCUGGAAAGUGUCUACGCAGGGGCUCUUCAUGGCCAUGUUCUGGCCUCUCAUUCCACAGUUUGUCUGCAGCUGUCUGUUUUACUGGGCUCUCUACUUCAGCCCGAUUAUUAACAUUGACCUGGUGGUCAAGGAAGUCCGGCGGCUGGAAACCCAAGUGUUAUGACCAGCAGCAAGGUCCAGGAGAGCCUGUGAGUCUCCCUGAUGUCCAAGCUAUGACAGUCAAAGAAGCAGGGGCGUCAUUUCUACCAUGGUAAAGCAAGGUGCUGCUUCUGUGUGUCAAGGCUUCAGCCAGGUCCCUUCUUCCUCUGUCUCCUGCACCUUGGCAGCUGACUACUACCCAGGUCAGGUGAGAUUCGGCAGCCAACAGCCAGUCACUCUUCUUACAGGACUUGGGAGGUUCGGACUACUAUGGAAUGAUGGUCAUGGACACAAUGUGGAGUGACAUGUCAGAAGACCACCACAGGCUGGACGAGGUGGCACACGCCUGCCUUUAAUCCCAGCAUUUGGGGGGCAGAGGCAGGUGGAUCUCAGAGUUCAAGGCUAGAGUGGUCUACAGAAUGAUUUCCGGAACUGCCAGGGCUACAAAGAAACCCUAUUUUGAAAACAACAACAACAGCAACAAAAAGAAGAAGGCCACCAGGGUCUACUAGCCUUAACCUCAUGGACUGACAAGCUCCCCAAACUAGGCCUGUUGGGGCCAAGUUUAGGAAAACAAGGAUAGGAUUUGGUCAUAGGCAUAGUUACAUAUACAAAAUACAAAGGAAAACCCAGAAUUCGGCUUUUUUUUUUUUUAAUUGAAAUUUUACAUACCAAUCCCAGUUCCCACUCCUUCCCCUCCUCCUGCUUCCACCACCUUCUCCCUGAAGCCGACCUCUAUCUACUCUCAGAGAGGGUAAGGCUUCCCAUGAAGAGUCCCCAAAGUCUAGGCAGGUCAAGGCCUUCCCCACUAUAUCUAGGCUGAGCAAGGUAUCCUUCCAAAGAGAAUGGGUUCCAAAACGCCAACUCAAGCAGUAAGGAUAAAUCCUGGCCCCCACCGCCAGUGGCUCCUCAGGCUGCCCCAGCCAUACAACUGUCACCUACAUUCAGAGGGCCUAGUUUGGUCCUAUGCAGGGUCCUAUGCUGUCAGGCUAGAGUCUGAGCUCCCAUUAGCUCAGGUCAGCUGUUCUGUGUUUAUCUUAAUCAGUUUCUUAACUGAGGAGUUGGUAGGCUUCAGAGUAAACCUAGAGAAAGCUUCAGGCCGAGAGAGUGAUGGCUAGCUGUCUUGUUUCCUGUUGUGGUCAUUGGGAAUUAAUUUUCCUUUCUGUGAUGACAGAGCUGAGUGGGACACCCAUCAGACUGAGCCAGUCGAGUGACUGAGAGCACUGCUGGGGUUUUGUUUUGAAAACAUAAUAUGCAGGAUAAGUACAGUAUCGUCUCUGCAAGGAAACAUUUGUAAGCUGCUCUUGUGCCGUAUAAUGUAUAGUCUUUAUGGUCCUGAAGUUUAGCAGUGGGUACAAUUAUACCAAGUGCUGCCGUCAUAAAUAUGGAGUUGAGCCAAAUGGUGACCAGUGUGGACACAGCAGGUGUAGAGGUGUGAGCUCAUCAGCCUUGGCUUUGUGCAAACAAGCUUAUAUCCAAAGAGAGAGAGAGACUUUGUAAUUCAUUAACCCUUUAUGAUUUCAGUUAAAAUUUGCAUUUGGAAGUUUGGACAAUUACUUGAAAUAAAAAUUAUUUCAAUUAUUUUUAUAUAAAUAAAACCUCUGUAGAGAAAUCUGAUUCUGAGGAAGUACAAGGAAAAUACUACAUAGCUUGAUGUGUUAUGACAUAGUCAGGUUGAGUGGGGUGUUUAGCCAGGAUGCUGCUUAGUGAUAUCUCCAAUGAAGGAAAAAUGUCCUUUCCCAGUUUUCUCAUGGAGCUCUAGGGCCACCUGAUUUUUGUCUAUGUGAGACAGCGACUCUGUGGUUCAGGCACACUGUAUUAUUUGUGCAUUCCUGGACAUAACCCUGGAGACUCCUUCCUGUGCUUUUCUUUCUCAUGAUGAAGUAGAUGUUGGCUGACAAAGGUUAUUGCACUGGUAGUGACUGUGCUAGGUUCGGUAGUGUCCAGGUUAGACCACAAAUAGGCAGCCUCCCAAUACACCAUUCCCACAUGUGGCCUUUCAUGCUGACCCCACAUGCACCAACACCGUACCUCAAAGAUGAGUAAUGCCCAGAUCUGCUCUGGGAAAAGAGCAACCAGAUGGGCUGGUACUCUAGUUUCCGUUAGAGUGAGCAUGCUCAUAUCCAGCACUAAGUGCUUGCUCUAAUCUUUGAAUCUUCCUACCCUAUCAGGGAGGGUUGGGGUUGAGGACUGUGGACCUCCAGACCCUGAAUUUCCUGUGACUCCCCCUGCCUUUCAGUGGUGAACAACUUGUUUUCCUGCAGCUGCUCCAAGCAUGAGACCCUCAGGAGUUCCUGAUGGCAGGGGAAUGGUUUCUAGUGGGCUUGCAGCUGAGAAUUAGAGGAUGGCCAUUAGUCAUGGAGACCCUAUAUAAGCUGCCCUGGAACACAAUAAAAGAAUCAUUAUUGGCAUUCUUGUUUCAAGGAUGACCCAUGUCUCUGUGUGUGUGUGUGUGUGUGUGUGUGUGUGUUUCAGUCUCGAACCCCUUGCCUGACUCAUGAACUGUAUCGUAGCACAUAGAGCAGACAUGCGUUACAUGGGGUCAUCAAAAGGAAGGUGUCCUUGUGAAACAGACCUCUACAAAUCUGAGCACUGUAUACAUAAUAAAUAUGUUUUUAAAAAAAGUUCAGUUUCCAGCAAGCCCCAAUGGCAGGCCAAAGAACCAAAGUCCCAAAGGUCUCUUCCGUGAUUCACCUACAGGGGCUAUCAAAGGCUCCCCCAAACAGCAUCCCUAUCUGCCACUGACGACUCUAAGUACCAUCAGGUCUGCUAGAUCAUGGUCCAAGUGGUAGAGCAGCCUGAAACUUUUGCAGAGCCUUCUGUUCUGGGACUUCCCACCCCACGGCUGAACAUACAAACACACAGCUAGCAGUUUUCCGAGUCACUUGGAGUAUGGGUAGGAAUAACACUCAAAUGAAGAAUGUGCUGUCUUCAAAAUCCAGUUAAGCCUACUAAAUGUGCUUCUUCCUUGGUGAUGGGAGGGGCCGGUGGCAAUAACUUACCUUUACCUUAGAAGGAAUAUCCCAGCGUGCCCUACACCACUGCACUCCUCAGAGUUUCACUGAUGUAGAAAGUCCUUGAAGUUUGGUUUCCCAUCCUCUGAUGCACAUAUGUGUUACCAAUGAGUUCAAAGUUAUUGCUACCUCCUAAUCACGUUGUCCAAAUAGCAUAAUGUCAUCAAUAUAGUGCACCAGUGUGCACUUAGUGGAAGAGACAGAUGAUCAAGAUCCCUCUAAGUUAUGGCAUAGGCCUGGAGAGUUAAUAUAGUCUUGAGGUAAAACUGGAAAGGUAACAUUCUGGCCUUGCCAACUGAAAAAAUUCAUUUUGGUGGCCUUUAUGGACAAAUACACA